CCAUUGCUCAAAGAAAAUGAAGUAUUAGAAAGUGGAAGUUGUUGACUGGUGCCUGUCAAACUGAAAAUGGUCAUUUUUUUAUAUGAUUUAUCAUCUAUUUAAAAAAAGUCAAACCAUUGCUGAAAUAACAUCAUAUCGAGUAUUAUUUCAGGUUGGCCAUCCCAGAGAUGAAACUGAACCUUUCAAUAAAGUGCAGGAAAGUGUGUUCUUAAAAUCUUUCCAGUAAGUCUUUCUCUUGAGAAAGGAAAGAGAAAAUAAUAAAUCACAGGGGAAAUAUAAAUGCACUGUAACAAGUCCGUCAGAACACUUUUUUUUUUCACAUAACACCUCAUCUGUUUGCAAAAGCAAUUUCAUGUUUUUGAAUGAAAUUUCAACUCACUCUGAGCUUACCUGUAGUUCAUUUGUCUGAUGGAUUAAUAGAAAAGCAAAAUAUUAUAUGAAGAAGUUAGAAGGCAGGACCACAAAUAUGGAGAAUACAGCUAAAGAAAUUCAAAUGGAAAACAGAGGGCCCUCAGAAAUUCAUAGUUCAGCAAAAUUGUGUCCUUCAACUGAAGAACAGGCAGAAAAACUCACAAUGUUUUGCUUUAAGAAAAGAAAGAAAUCCUGUAAGAAGGCAUUAGUGAUGAAAGGUGACUGUGAAGAAGACUCUGUAACCUUGAAACAUACAAGCCAAUCCAUCAGUGCAGUUCCUGGAGAAGGGGAAACUUCCAAUCAAGCUCAGUUGUCAGGAGGAGCUUGGGCAACUAUAAAACGUCUAGUGACACCUAGGAGAAGGUCUAAAUCUUCAAGGAAGGAGAAGCAUUUUGAUUCUCAAGUGCACCUGGAGAUAAAUGCUAAGGAUGCUGGCUUGCAAGGUUUUCCAAAGAAUCGGGUUGGAUCGGGGCUCAAAAUUCCCUGCAUACGGUUCUCAAGAGGCAAGAAAAAACCCAGCCAUUCUGAAAUAACAGAGGAAUCAGACUGCAGCGUUAAAGCAAAUGAAAUAACGGGCAUUUUGAAUAAAGCUAACAACGAUCCAGAGGAUUUGGCAAUAACCAUCAAAUCAAGCGUGGAUCAGUCUGUCAGCCAAGCCUCUGAAAAAAGUGAUAGGAACUCACUUAAUUCCACUGGUGAGAAUGUACUUUUGGUAGAGCCCAGACCAGAUGGGGCUCAAUCAGAAAUAACAAAUUCAGAGGGGGUUGCUCUACUCCAGGAAAAUAUACAUCAGAAGAGCAUACAUGAAACUGAGCAGACAGUUGUUGUGAACAAAGGAAUUGAGCUCAAUGCCACCCUCUGUACUAAUGUUUCUGAGGACUUACCAGAUAGCACAGCUGAAGCCACAGACGAACAAGAAACCAAUAAGUUCCAUGACAAAGAACGUGAAUUGAAAGAGUCUGGAAAAAACACACAUGCUAGUGAAGACUGUAAAUCCAGAGAGAAGAAAAUGAGUUUUAAUGAGUCAGCAUUUAAAGAUGAUGCUGUCAGCACGCAGGGCUGUUUAACUGAACAAUUGAAAUUAGAAGAAAAUGAGGACACUAAUAUAGCGGGCAUUGUGAUUACAGUGACUGAAGCAGAUGAGCCUGAGGAAGAGGAGUUGAACUAUGACUACAAUCUGCCCUCAAUUUCAUGUGAACAUAAGCAAAAGGGAAAUAAAAAAACAAGCGGGAACUUCAGUUUCAGUAAACUUUCUAAUUGCAAAGAGGGCUCAGUAGCAGGCAGUGGCCCAAAGAGAGAGGCUAAAGUCUGUUCUCCUGCUCUGCCACCCAGAGGUCCUAGUGACCAGGAGCACGGAACUUCAGAACAGCAUGAACUGCUUCUGAUAGAAACUGCUGCUUCACUCGUUAAGGCGGCGAUUCAGUCAUCGAUAGAACAGCUGGUUAAUGAAAUGGCUUUGGAUCAUAGUAAACAGAACAGUUUUCUGUAAUGACAAGAAGUCCCCCAAAAUAUAGUAGGACUCAACAGCAGUAAUUUAAACUGAUGUUUAGCUGCAAGGUGAAAGGCUAGAAACAGUCUUAACUCCUUAGGUAUUUGGGGUUUGUGUGUAGUAUUGUUUCUGCAUGCUGGGUUUGCCAUUGUGUAUAUGUAAAAUGGAUCCAAGAAUAAGGACUCAGUGUUGACAGACUCAAGGGAUUGGACUUUAAAACAUUGUGCUUAUUGAUAGCUGUGGCUAUCAAGUUUUAGUGACUGUAUUCCCAUUUAUUUGUCUUUCGCAGUUUGGGGGCUCUGAUGUCACUAUAUAUUUUAAAUUUGUUCCUAUUGUUUAUAUUUUAUUUAUUAUACAGUAUCUGUGAAAUGAUCCAGAAGUUGCUGAGAACUCUUAGCUCUGAUGGGCCUUACCUUGUACUCCUAGUUGUUGGAGUUUUGCCAUUGGUUUCAAUGGAAACAAGAUUAGGCCUAUUGGCUUCAGUGCAAGUUAAGCAUGCUCAGAACAUUGCAGGAUUGAGUCCGCAUCUCAAGAUGCGUAUACUGUUUUAAAAAAAUACAGUCUCAAGCUGCAAUGUCGUUAUUGUAUAAAAUAAGGCAGGUACAGAAUGCAGCAUGUAAUUUGGGCUAUUCCACUGGCCCAGAAUGUCUUGAGCAUUUCAAAUGUCAUUGAAGACAUGGACCAAGCUCUAAUGUAUCUGCCUCAUGGCCAUGAGGUUGCCAAGGAAACGGUGACACUUUGCAGAAGGGCCUGCCCUGAUCACCAGUCAAUGGUAAAACUUCUAGUUACGUUAGUAGUGCAGGUUUGGGCCUAAGCGAGCAAGUUACAGAUAAGGUCAGGAGAAGAGACUUUCUUUGUUUUUAUAAUGUCAGUGGUGAUGCCUAACUUUUGCUUUAGUGCACUUUUUAAUAUAUAGCAUAAAUAGUAUGAGCUGCUAGAACACUAGUGGUGCAGUAUUGCCUGAGGGUUAAAAUAGCAAUUCCAGUGGUCCAUAAACAGGUCUGUUUUAACUUGAGCAUUUUUUUUGUUUACUUACUAGUGCCCUUGAAUGCAGCCAGCAUUUUUCAAUAACUUAGGGUUUUGCCCCCUGCUUCACAGUUCUUCCAAACAUCAGCAAACAAAUCCAUCCCAGCUGUGUGUAACUGCAUUAUGCCACUGAAUUCCAAACUGCAGUUUCAUUUGAAUACGCUUUCUUUGUCAUUGUAUUCUGAACUGCUGGGUCCUGCAGCUGUGAGCGGAAAUGGCUCAAUCCUGCUCGCAUUGAAGUAAUCAGAAAAACUGUGGACCAGGCCUUUAAAGGCCUACCAGAGCUGAAUCCUGAAACAGGUUUGUCAUUGGGAGAAAAUAGCCAAUGCUUUGUUUUGAGUGUUCUUCUAUAUAUGAUACAGUAUGUGUGUGUGUCAUUUGCCCUGUUCAUUAACAGCUCUUUAAAAAGUAGCCUUUUGAUUGUACUCUGUAAAGAAUGAAUGUGGGUCAUGGGGUUAUAAUUUGUGCAGCAGCCAAAUAAACAACUAUAUUCUCCUGAGAACUUGCAUUAUUCUGCA